GCAGAGCAGCAUUCGAUCGCAACGCCGAGCACACCGCAGGAUGCAGCACGUGGAGCACCAGCACAGCCAAAGCAGCAGCCGCAGCAGGCACCUACACUCCAGGAGAUAGCGGCCCUCUUGAAACAAGAAGUCCAACCGCUGGGGAACGCGGCAACCGGCUCGGAGCGCCAGGUGUCCGAGCUCGGAGGGACGAUCGAGGCGCGGAUGACAGCCUCCGAAGCACGUUUGGAGGAUGUGGAGAUUCGCCUCGCGAGUCUGGAGAACUCGGAAGGCCCGUGUGCAGGCUCCCGGACAGAGACAGAGGUGUGGGACCAGAUCAAGGCUCUGGAGAUGGAGGACGAGCUCGACAAAUGGAUUUGGAGGGUUCUGGCAGAUGCGAAGGCUACUCCGCCAGUUCAGACUUACAUCAAAGGCGAGUUCAAUUCGUUCAACGGGGUCGCAUUCGGCAAGUACUCAUCUGCAGUCGAACGGGACGCUGCGGUAGAGGCCGUCCGCAAGGCCUCGCUAGAAUACGGCGGGCAGAAAGUGCGGACCAAACCGGGGCAACCUCUCGAGACAAGGGCGUUGCAGAGCGUCUUGUUCGGAGUCAAGAAGAUGCUGAUCGACUGGGGCUUCGACAAGAAAAGCCUUUGGGCAGAUGCCUCAACCAUGAGUUUGUCACGCGGGGGCGACCUCGUAAUCAAAAUGACCGGGGACAAUAAGACGCCUACUAUUGAGUAUGGCGUGGAGUGGGAGACAUACCUCAUGCCAGACGGCGCGAACAAGACCGUCACUGACCUGCUCGACGCGGCGAAGGAAAAGCUGCAUCGAAGCUCUGCUCCAAGCAAGGGCCUCGGCAAAGGCAAGGGGGAACGGUCCUUUUAG